GCAUGGCCCAGCCAUGGAGGUGGUGGACGAGACGGAGGCUCUGCAGCGCUUCUUUGAAGGCCACGACAUUAAUGGAGCUCUGGAACCAUCCAACAUCGACACCAGCAUCCUGGAAGAGUACAUCAGCAAGGAAGACUCUCCAGAGAUCUGCUUCCCUGAGAUCCCUGCUCCCGCCAGCUACACGCACCCCCAGCCCUCCAGCUCCGCCGGCAUCCCGGCACCUCCCGGCAGCUCCAUCGGCAGCGUGAGCAAUCCCUCUCCCAGCGCUGCCCUCCACCUCCCUGCGGCCGGCAGCCAGCUCCCCAUCCGCCAUGGGCCCCUCCUGGCCGCUCCCUGCGGAGCCGCCUACGGAGCGCACCUCAACUGCAACAACAACAACGGCAUGGUGGUGCCCAAGGGCUUCCUGCCUGGCCACUGCCUGAGCAGCGUGGUGCCUCCCAUCAAGUCAGAGCCCAAGGCCUCCUACGCACCUGGCACUUUGCCGGACUCUCCCCCGGAUUCCGGAUCGGAAGCCUACUCCCCUCAGCAGGUGAAUGAUCCUCACCUCCUCCGGACCAUGACUCCCGAAAAUAUGUGUCACAUGACUCCCCCUUCCCGCCUGGAGCAUCCUCCUCCUCCUCCACCUCCUCCUCCCCCCCCUCACCUCCAGGGUCCCCCUCCGCCGCCCCCGCCGCCCCCUCACCCCCUCCAGCCGCAGCACAAUUCCCACUUUCCCGGCCUGCAGCGGGAUAUGUUCCUGAAGGCCGAACCCCUGAUGCCUCCGUACAGCGUCGGGCCGGGAAUGGCGCCUGCCGAGCUGCACCAUGCCCAGCAAUCCCAGAUGCUGCACCAGCUCCUCCAGCAGCAUGGAGCCGACCUCCCGGUGCAUCCCGCCAAGAAGCGGAAACACUCUGAGUCGCCCCCCAACACCCUCAAUGCCCAGAUGCUCAACGGGCUGAUCAAGCAGGAGCCGGGAAUGGGAUCGGUGCCGCUCAACCCCGACCGCGUCCAGACCCCGCCGUGGCACCAGCCGGGAGCGCUCUCUCCAGGCCUGAUUCAGGAUAAUGACAGCCUGAACGGCUCCUACCUGGAUCCCAACUUCCAGUCCAUCAAGUGGCAGCCACACCAGCAGAACAAGUGGGCAACUCUGUAUGAUGCCAACUACAAGGAGCUCCCGAUGCUCACGUACCGCGUGGAUGCUGACAAGGGCUUCAACUUCUCCGUGGGGGACGACGCCUUCGUGUGCCAGAAGAAGAACCACUUCCAGGUCACCGUGUACAUCGGAAUGCUCGGCGACCCCAAGUACGUGAAGACCCCUGAGGGCCUGAAACCCUUGGAGUGCUUCUACCUGAAGCUGCAUGGAGUGAAGCUCGAGGCCUUGAACCAGUCCAUCAACAUCGAGCAGUCGCAGUCGGACCGCAGCAAACGGCCCUUCAACCCCGUCACGGUGAACCUCCCCCCAGAGCAGGUCACCAAGGUCACUGUGGGGCGGCUGCACUUCAGCGAGACCACGGCCAACAACAUGAGGAAAAAAGGCAAACCCAACCCGGACCAGAGGUACUUCAUGCUGGUGGUGGCCCUGCAGGCACACGCCCAGAACCAGAACUACACGCUGGCAGCCCACAUCUCCGAGCGGAUCAUCGUCCGGGCCUCCAACCCGGGGCAGUUUGAGAGUGACAGUGACGUGCUGUGGCAGCGGGCGCAGCUCCCGGACACCGUGUUCCACCACGGCCGCGUGGGGAUCAACACGGACCGCCCGGAUGAGGCCCUGGUGGUCCACGGCAACGUGAAGGUCAUGGGGUCCCUGAUGCACCCUUCGGAUGUCCGAGUGAAGGAGGACAUCCAGGAGGUGGACACCACGGAGCAGCUGAAGCGGAUCUCCAGGAUGAGGCUGGUGCACUACAACUACAAACCUGAGUUUGCAGCCACAGUGGGCAUUGACAGCACCUCUGAGACAGGUGUCAUCGCUCAGGAGGUGAAGGAGAUUCUGCCCGAAGCUGUGAAGGACACUGGGGACCUGGUCUUUUCCAAUGGGAAAACCCUGGAGAACUUCCUGGUGGUGAACAAGGAGCGGAUCUUCAUGGAGAACGUGGGAGCCGUGAAGGAGCUGUGCAAGCUCACGGAUAACCUGGAGACGCGCAUCGAUGAGCUGGAAAGGUGGAGCCACAAGCUGGCCAAGCUCAAGAGGCUGGACAGCAUGAAGUCAACUGUGAGCUCUGGAGCCUUCAGCCAAACUGGGAGCCAGUUCAGCCGGGCAGGAAGCGUGCCCCACAAAAAGAGACCCCACAAAGUCGCCAGCAAGUCUCCAUCGGUUGUCCCGGAGCAGGCCUGCAUCAGCCAGCGCUUCCUUCAGGGCACCAUCAUUGCCCUCGUCAUCAUCAUGGCAUUCAGCGUGGUGUCCAUGUCCACGCUCUACGUGCUGAGCCUGCGCAGCGAAGAGGAUCUCGUGGACAUCGAUGGCUCCUUUGCUGUACCCACUGCCUGUCUCCUGGCCCUCUUUCGGCAAGGGGGUCCCGGAAUUCCGGUCGCUCUGUGUCCACGGUCAAGCCAGAACAUUGACAAGACGCAGAUCGUGCGAUCCACGGCCACAUCCCAUGGGGCCAGCAGCAGGAUCCCCCCAGAGCACGUCCUGGAUGAGACACAUGGAGUAGCCCUUGGUGUUCCCGGUCGCGGUGUGCUGGCCUGUUUCAGCCCUCCCUGUUUUUCCACGUGCUGCUCCAUUGCUCCCACUGCCAUCUCCUCCACUGUCCCCUCGGAGACCAGCCCUGCCCACGCCACCAACCGGACAGGUGAGGGCCAGCCCAGAUUCCCAGGAAUGCUGGGACAUCUCCAAGACCAAAGCCAGCCCUCCCUCCUGCCGGUGACAAAUAUCAAAGCCAAAUCCAGGGGCAUCACCGGGAAAUCCACCUCCUACACCAAGUGGCCAAAGACUCCUGACAGCUCCCGGCAGCAGCGCAGCCUCCGGCAGCCGGUGAGCGAGCGGCCCCGCACGGAGCAGCCCGGCAUGGAUGGGCCGAGCCCGGUGCUGCAGUCCAUCCGGAUCCUGGAGAUCAACCUGGCCAUCCAUUCCCAGUACUGCGCCGCUGCCGAUGCCUGCAGGAGUGGGAAUUUCAGCUACCGCAUCCCUGUGAGCCAGCAGACAGCCGUGAACACCAACCUGACCCUGGAGAUGAACUCCUCCUCCACUGUGUCCAUCUCCCUUUGUGACCUUGUCUCCAGUGAUCCCUGCCAGGAUGCUGUGAGCAGGAACAGCUCCACUGACUCCAGAGAUGCACAGGACACCUCGCACCGCUGGCCCCUGGUGAUGCUGUCCUUCCGAGAGUUUUCCUACCACUUCCGAGUGGCGCAGCCGGGCCGAGCCGACUGCAGCACUUCCCUGGAGCAGCUGGGGCACCUCUUCACUGACUAUUACUUCCAGUUCUACUGGCUCUGUGAGUGAGUCCCGGCAGCACCAGUGCCCUCUGCUCGGAGACAGGAGGGGAACUGGUGCCACUGGGAGCCUCCCGAAUUCCCUGCUCCGCUGGCCCCCAGCCCCGCCUCAUCCCUGUGUCCUGCGGAAGCUCCGGAGCUGGAAUGGUGGUGGCUGGAGACACUGAAGCUCAGGACACACAGGACCUAAAAGCCACCACCAGCCCUGUGGUGGCUCCUGGGGGGACCUCGCACCGAUUCCCAGCAUCCCACACCCCUGUCCUUCCCUUAGGGGGAUGUUUGUGUCCUCCAUCGCUUCCCCCUCCCCUUCCAACACUGGAUUUGGAAGCAUCACACCGGACUGAGCGUGGACAGCUCUGCCACAUCUCAGAGGGGUGCUCCUUCCGUGGACAGGAGCCCCACCCGGUGCUCCCAGAUGUCCCACAUCAGUUCUUCACAACACUGGAAUUGCUUCAACACUGGAGCCCUUUCCAAGGGCCAAACGCUGGAGUUUGGCCUGGAAAGGAUGGCUGUGCCUGGACCUACUGGAAGUUCUACACUGGAGUUGCUGUUCCUUCUGCUUGGCCCAGGGCCACUUCCCACGGACUUCCCAGAGACUCGCGGACCUGCCAAUGGACACGUUCCUCUAGGAACAACCGGAGAAGGAGCAGCUUCAACGUCAUCCCCCCUCUUCUUUGUGCUCUUAAAUCCCAUAUCCAUGUGGGAUAUCCAGGUCUGGAUGGAUAAAACCCCCACUCAAGCUGUUGCUGAGGCCAUGCCACACCUAGGGACACUUGUCCCCAGGAUGGGGUGACAAAUGACCAGGACUUACCCACAUUCAGUGUGGUAGGAUCCGUUUUUGUCUGCUUGGAAGCGGCAUGUGCGGAGCUGCCUGGUCGGCUCUGGAGCCAGUGCCAACCUCUGCCCAGAUGUGCAGCACUGGCAAAGCCUGGAGUGCCCUGCAGAGCAAGGCCAAGUCCCUGGGAGCACCAGGAUCUGUGUCCAGGCAGGAUCUCUGCCUCAGGAGAGGGGUGGUGUUCUCCCAAAAGUUGGGAUGGCAGCAGCUGCAGCCUGUCCCUGCCCUCACAGAGCUGUGCUGGGGGGAUUUGGGAUAUUUUACUGUUACAAGUCUUUAAAUUGCUAAACUACUGAAUUCUUGUGGGGUUUAAGCUGUAAAAAAACCAGGAAUUUCCUUCUGGCCCCAUUGAGCCAGGUGUGUCCUGUGGGAAAGCCAAGUGGCUCCCUGUGCUUCCCCCUCCCCGUCCUGCUCCUCGUGCUACAGAGGAGUUGUCCGUGUUCCUGGAGGCUCAGCCACCUCCAGGGUAUUCCAAGAUGGAUUUCCCUGAGGAAACAAGUGAGGGGGGAAUGCCACAUGCUGAUCCUAGGGACACUCUAAAGCUGCUCUGGAAAAACAAAGAUGGGUUUUAUCCAGGUAAAGUGGUGAUUCCUGGGCACAUCUGGUUUUGUCUCCCAUCAUCCCCCUCCUGAGCUUAUCCCAGCGAAGCAGCCCUGAAAUUCCUGGUGAUGUCACUUGGAUUUGGCACCUGCCCCCAAGAACUGUUUGUAGAGAGGUUUCAAGGCCUGGAAACACUGAAUUAUAGUUACUAAAAUCCACUGAGUCCUGGGAAGCAGGGAAUAGUGGGUGAGCAGGGCAUUCCGAGCACCCAAGCAGUUGGAAAACCCAGUUUUGGGACACUCAGUGGGACAGCAGGGCACCCCAAGGCCUGGGAAUACCUAUGCACAAGCAGGGAGGCUCCAUGCUCAGCAGGAUUCUCUGUUUUUCCCUAAAACUGGGGAGGAAACACCUGGAUGUAGCUGAGUGCUUUUCCCUCCACCUGCCCUGAGUGAUUUUUCCUGGUUUUAAACUGGGAAGUGACUUCCUUGGCAGGUUUGUUGUUCCCUUGGCAAUCAGUGGCCCAGGCUGGCACGUCCUCCCUCAGGUGAGUGAUGCUGAGCUGGGAUAAAAGCUCCUGGAAGAGGAAACAGGGAAUUUUGGGGGGCCAGAGCCUGCAAUCACCACCCCCCUCAGCCAAGACACUCCAGUACAUUCCACCCCACUCCUGAGGGAAGGAAUCAAUCAGUGGUGGCCCAGGAGGAAGUUGGGAUCUCUCAGGUGUCCCCAGGAUGCUCAGCCAUGGGAUUUGAGGAGAUUCCCAACAAACCAAGUGCCUGGAAACAUCUCUAGUGCCUUUUUCCUUGUGGAACAGCCCCAAGGAACAGUGUUUUCCCACAUAUAUUCCCAAAUGCUGCCUCAGACAUGGUGCCCGGGUGGUUUAACUGGGAUGUGGCAAUUCCUGGAGUGCCAAAGCCAGCCCUACCCACAUGGAGCUGGCAGCAAUCCCUGGCAUCAGGAGAGGACAGGGAUUCAGGAUGAAGAUUUUAGUGCCAAUAGUACCUUAUGUCUUAAAAGUGGCACAGGUUGCCCAGAGAAGUUUUCGAUGUCCCAUCCCUGGAAGUGUUCCAGGACAGGUUGGAUGGGUUUGGAGCUGCCUGGACCAGUGGAAGGUGUCCCUGCCCACGGCAGGGAGUGGGACUGAAUGGGCUUUAAGGUCCCUUCCCACCCGAACCAUUCCAGGAUUCCAUGGUAAAAAUCAUCCAUCAGCUGCUGCCCUGCGAGGCAGCAAUGAGCUCCAAAGGGGCUCAGAAUUGUAAAAUGAAGGAGUCAUGGAAUUGCUUCCAGGCCCCUGGAAACAGCUGUCUGCAUGGAUUUCCCCCCCCAAAAUGCAUCUCUGCCCCUCCCCUGUCCCCAAUCAGUACCAAGAGAGUUCACAAUCAGGCCUUUCCUCUCCAGCCUGGGGAAAUCCCUCCCCAUCCAGCGGCAAAGAGACAUUCCUGGCGGGAAGGAAGACAAGAGGGUGGAGAAUGAGGCUGUUUGGGAGUUGUUUCAAAAGCAAAUUCCCAACUCUUCUGUCCUACUGUUGGAGCUUAAAGCCUGUAAAUAGAGACUAUGGCACCACUGGAAGAAUUAAGGAAAAAAACACCACGUAAAGCACUAAUUUUGUUGGUUUUAAUGUUGCUGCCACAGCUUUAAUCACUGUAUUUUGCCAGCCAGUUUGUAGAGUUGCAUUUGUAGCAGGUUAUUAUUGAUUCCUGGUUUUUAUUUGUGGGGAACAAGCGUGGUUUCCCUCUUUUCUUCCUGAUUUAUAUUUAUAUUUUGCUGAAUUUGAGGGCUGAGUUUCCGGAUUCCCCGGAUUUUUUUGUUUGUUUGUUUGUUUUGUUUUGCUUAUUUAGACUUUGUUUUAUGCUGGAGGUAAAUGUGCCCAUAUGAAUAAAAUAUAUAAAUACU